UCGUGUUCACAGUCCACAUUGACAUGAGAACGCAUGCGGUCGCUGCAGACGUGAGAGAAACAAGCACGGUGUGUUCUGACUCAGUGAAAAGGCACAUUUUUCAUCACAAGUACCGUGCUACAAAUUAACAAAGAAGAUUACAGACGUCAAAUAAAUUUGAUUGGAAUUAAUUAUUGGUAAUUUUACAUUAUAUAGUAUUAAAAGGGUACUUACUCAAAAAAUAAUGGCAGCCAAAGUAACACAUUACGAACCUCCAAGUUCAGCAAGUUCUGAGAGUGAAGAUGGAAAAGAUGAUAGAGAAAUGUUUUUUACUGAAGAAAUAUCCAUGGAUAAUAAAUUUGAAAUGGGUACUCCUACUCCAGUUCCAACUUCACCAAGACCACCAUCUGCUAGCUCUACCAAAUCACCUCAUUCACGCAGACAAAGGACCGUAAGCUGUUCUCAAUCCAACAAGAAAACUGCUGCUGAGUCAGUUCUCCAGAGUAAAACAAGGACAAUUUACACAGCAGGCAGGCCUCCUUGGUACAAUUUUGCUGGACAACAAGUUGAACCUUUCAUUAUAGGAAUCUGUGGAGGAAGUGCAUCAGGAAAAACUACAGUUGCUACAAAAAUUAUAGAAUCUCUUGAUGUGCCUUGGGUUACUUUAUUGAGUAUGGACUCAUUUUAUAAAGUAUUGAAUGAAAAACAGCAUGAAAUGGCAGCUCGCAACGAGUACAAUUUUGAUCAUCCUGAUGCAUUUGAUUUUGAGUUGUUAAGAAAAACUCUACAGAGACUAAAAGAGGGUAAAAAGGUUGAGGUCCCUAUUUACAACUUUGUAACACACAGUAGGGAAAGCCGAACAAAAACAAUGUACGGGGCAAAUGUCAUUAUAUUUGAGGGGAUUUUAACUUUUUAUAAUGCGGAUGUCUUAAAAAUGUGUGACAUGAAAGUCUUUGUAGAUACCGAUGCAGAUGUAAGAUUAGCUCGGCGAUUGAAAAGAGAUAUUUCUCAAAGAGGUAGAGAUUUAGACGGAGUUUUGAAGCAGUAUAAUACCAUGGUAAAACCUUCGUUUUAUUACUACAUUGCACCAUCAAUGGUCCAUGCAGACAUUAUUGUUCCCAGGGGAGGAGAUAAUGAAGUAGCUAUUGAAUUGAUAGUGCAACAUAUUCACACUCAAUUACAACUAAGAGGAUUCAAACUGCGAGAAAAAUUAGCUCUUUCUUAUAUUGGUCAACCGCUUCCCAACUCAUUGUACUUACUUCCUGACACUCCUCAAAUAAAAGGCCUACACACUUUUAUUCGCAAUGAAAAAACUCAUAGAGAUGAAUUCAUAUUCUACUCUAAGCGCUUAAUGCGUUUGGUUAUAGAAUGUGCUUUAUCAUUGUUGCCGUUUAAAGAAGUAUCGGUGGAAACUCCACAGGGCGUUUCAUACAAUGGGAGGCGAAACGCAUCCGAAAAAAUUUGUGGUGUGUCAAUUUUAAGAGCUGGUGAAACCAUGGAACAACCAUUAAGAGAUGUCUGUAAGGACAUACGAGUCGGUAAAAUUUUAAUACAAACGAAUUUCGAGACCGGAGAGCCAGAAUUGUACUAUCUGCGAUUACCGAAGGACAUAAAAGAUUACAAAGUAAUCUUGAUGGACGCAACAGUUGCGACCGGUGCGGCUGCUAUGAUGGCCAUAAGAGUUCUUCUGGAUCAUGACGUACCAGCUGAUAACAUAAUGCUUGCAUCGCUAUUGAUGGCUGAGUCAGGAGUGCAUUCUAUAGCAUACGCCUUCCCAAAUGUAAAAAUAGUUACAUCUGCACUCGAUCCAGAAAUAAAUGAAAAGUUCUAUGUUUUACCGGGCAUCGGUAAUUUUGGCGAUCGGUACUUUGGAACUGAGCCAUCGACCACCGCCGAUGAUUAGUUUCGUUCAAUCCUUAUUACUAUUUAGACGAUUUCUUUAGAUCUGAUUACAUCUGAAGUUUGUAAUACGAGCCGAUGAUGGUUUUUGACAAGUGACGUUUUACUGUAAAAAAUUUAAUGAGAUAAAUCAGUUAAAGAAAGCAUAAAACUGUGAUUGAUCAAUUAUGACUUGUAAUGAUUCGUUCCAAAUUUAAAAUGUAAAAAUCUUUUCAAAAUUGAAUGUUUUUUUUUUAAUCUAAACAACUAGAUUUUAUCUUUUCUAACACAUAUAGAUAUAGUGCAGAAAAUUUUAUCAUAAUCAGCGCCAAACAGUAACUAAAAUUAUUAAUACUAGUGCAUGACGAGAUUGACCAUAAGGACUCAAUUCCAAUUAAUUAUUUUAGAUGUUACUUAUAAUAUUACAAAUUAAAUUUUCAGAGAAAGAGAACUUAGCCAUGUGGCUUCUCAAAAAUUUGUGCGAAAAAAAUGUACUGUUUCGCGUUGCGUCAAUAGAUCAAUUGAUAUGUAUCAUUGUUAUUUGCUAUUAAGCUCAAUUUGUACAUACUUUCUCAUCAAUUGAUUUUGAAGAUCAUUACGGCUUUUUAUUUAUACGCGUUUUAAUACACGAAAUUCUAUUAAAAUAUACAUUUUCAAUCAACGCAAAGAAUUACGUGCAUUAAAACAGUUGAUUUACUUUGUUUUAAUGAAGCAUUUUUAUCAAUAACUUAUUUAUACAAUAAAUAAAAAUCAUUUCAUUAAAUAA